AUUGAUUUACUUCCGGGAUAAUCGGGGGAUGAAGUUAAAGCGUCUGCGCCCAUAGCGACGAAUAAAAACAGCCUAGAGGGCAAUGGGGCCUGAUGGGGCCCCGAGCCAGUCUGUGCCCUGGCGGAAGGUGCUGUGGGAAUGGCAGCCGUUUCCUGACAACUACGUGGACCAGAGGUUCCUGGAGGAAUUACGGAGGAACGAGGGAAUCCGGCAGUACCGCUACUGGGCCGUAGUGAAGGAAGCAGGCUUUGUGGGACAACAGCUGUCCUGUGUGGCCAUUUUUAUCACCCUCUGGCUCUACAUGGAGCAGGGUCUCCUUGCUCCUGAGACAUUGUUUUGGACCAGUCUCACAUGUGCCCUCCUGGGUUAUGGACUGUACCAAGCAUUGACCUCUCAGACUGAAUCCUGCAGUGACCACCGCACACAUUUGGCGGAUUCACAGAGCGCCGCCCUGUUCCUUUCCUUCACCUUCGGCUUCUCGCCAGUACUCAAAACGUUAACAGAGUCUGUUAGCACGGACACUGUGUACGCCAUGUCAGCUCUGAUGCUGUUGGCCCACCUGGUGUCGUUUCCCUACGCCCACCCCUCUCCCCCGGGCAGCCUCUCUUUGAACGCUGCGUUGUUUGCCUCUGUGUGCUUGGCCUCGAGGUUACCUGGUGCUCUGCACACCUUCGCCAUGCUCACCUGUGCACUGCUAGUGUUCGCCCUGUGGCCUUGUCUGCUCCAGAGGAUAAGGGCGAAUGCGCCUGGCCAGUUUACUGGGGUGUGUGUGGGAGUGUGUGUCGGAGGAGUAGGGGGUCUGGGAUCCCAGUCACUUGGGGGAGCUGUGCUCUUAUCCCUGGCCUUAGUGAGUGUCACAUUAAUCUGUCCCCUGCUGUUGGUCAGGCUGCAAAGGCACAAGGACAACAUCCACGGGCCAUGGGAUGAGGCUGAGAUUCGCGAGGACCUCAGCCGCUUCCUCCACUGAAGAACAGAGCAAACUAAGCUAGUGAUGAGCAAACUGGCAAUUGGCUAAUUUUACACCACUCCUGUUGGUACUGUAUGUCUUUUCUGACAGAUUUUCUCAAUGGUCUGUUUGGACAGCCACAGCAAACUGUGCUUUCCACAGAUGGUUCCUAGUGAUAACGCUGCUACUGUUUUCUAAGCACUGAUCUCAAUUCUUCUACAAAAGGUAUGAAUCAGUGUGCUGGGCUGACCUGAACUACCGAACAAUAUGAAGCCAUGCAUCAAGUUUUUAAUGUUCUGAGUUUUAAGGACUUCUGUUGUAGAUAGGAAUAAGGGCUCUGAUUACCUGGAUUAUUUUACUUCAGUUGAGUAAACCUCAUAAUGUACUGAGAAUAAUUUUUCUAUCUGGGCUGCAGUGAUGCUGUGUGUAACUUACGGUGGAAGUUUUAGCUCGGUUUUAACAGUGAUAUGUGCAUGAUUGUAACUUUUAUUUGCUUAGAAUGUGGUACUUAGAAACGGUUUUGAAAUUGCCAGU